AUGCCUCAACUUGCGGAUCAGUCCGGAAAAACUUUCGAGUUUUACGGAUGGACCUUGGUCCCACAUGACACGUCUCUUCUUCUGCAAGACGUCAGUCAGUGGGAUCCCGCUGUUGACGACGUGACAGAUGUUCAAAUUCCACAAACCGAACUCGCCAAUAAGGUCCAUGAUUAUGCAAAGAAGCGGCUUUCAGAGGACGUUUACAAUCACUCUAUGCGGGUGUAUUUCUAUGAAACCUACUACCUCACAUGUCUCCUCCAUGAUAUUGGUGCUACCUCAGAAAAACUUCGCGCAACUCUCCUAUCCUUUGAGUUCUGUGGUGGCUACUUUGCACCGGAUAUAUUGAAAGAAUUUGGGGCAUUCAAGGAGCAGGCUGAGAGCGUAGCAGAGGCAGUUAUUCAACCCUGA